UCAGCAUCAGAAUCUCUUUUCCCCCUUCUUCACAAGCCUUCCUUAUUCUUUCUUCACGUUGCCGACACUUCCUUCCUCUCUCUCUCUCUCUCUCUAUCCACCGCCAUGGCCUCCUUCUCCAUCAUCUCAAAGCUCCUUCUCAUCCUCUUAACCACCUCCAUAGCCACCGCAUUACCCGACAACAAACCCGUCUCGGGUCAAAUAAACUCCAACUCCGUCCUCGUAGCUCUCCUCGACUCUCACUACACCGAGCUAGCCGAGCUAGUAGAGAAAGCCCUCCUCCUCCAAACCUUAGAAGAAGCGGUCGGUCGACACAACAUCACAAUCUUCGCACCGCGCAACGAUGCCUUGGAACGUGACCUCGACCCUCUCUUUAAAUCUUUCUUGCUCGAACCAAGAAACCUCAAAUCGUUACAAACGCUCCUCAUGUUCCACAUUCUCCCUCGCCGUGUCUCCUCACCUCAAUGGCCUUCUCUCUCUCGUCAUCACCACCGUACUCUCUCCAACAACCAUGUCCACCUCACCGUCGUCGACGCUCCCACCCUCCGGUUAAAAGUAGACUCCGCAGAGAUCGUCCGUCCCGAUGACGUCAUUAGACCCGAUGGGAUCAUCCAUGGGAUCGAACGUCUCCUCAUCCCUCGCUCGGUUCAAGAAGACUUCAACCGCCGCCGUAGCCUCCGGUCAAUCUCCGCCGUUUUACCGGAAGGAGCUCCGGAGGUCGACCCGAGAACCAACCGUCUCAAGAAGCCACCACCUCCCGUCCCCGCCGGAGCCCCUCCGGUUCUCCCAAUAUACUCCGCCAUGUCACCGGGCCCAUCUCUAGCUCCGGCUCCAGCACCCGGACCCGGAGGUCCACGUCACCAUUUCAACGGCGAGGCUCAGGUCAAAGACUUCAUCCACACUCUCUUGCAUUACGGUGGCUACAACGAGAUGGCUGACAUUCUCGUCAACCUAACCUCCCUAGCCACCGAGAUGGGUCGGCUUGUCUCCGAAGGCUACGUUUUAACCGUCUUGGCUCCUAACGACGAAGCCAUGGCUAAGCUCACGACGGAUCAGCUGAGCGAGCCGGGUGCUCCUGAGCAGAUUGUGUAUUACCAUAUCAUACCGGAGUAUCAGACGGAGGAGAGUAUGUACAAUGCUGUUAGGAGAUUCGGGAAAGUGAAGUAUGAUUCGUUGAGAUUCCCACACAAAGUGGUGGCUCAAGAAGCUGAUGGCUCUGUUAAGUUCGGACACGGUGAAGGCUCUGCUUAUUUGUUUGACCCUGAUAUAUACACCGACGGUCGGAUCUCGGUUCAGGGUAUUGAUGGAGUUUUGUUUCCGGUGGAGGAGCCUCCGGCGACGGAGAUAAAACCGGCUUCUCCGGUUGUUAAGAAAGUAGCUAAAUCGAGAAGAGGUAAAUUGAUGGAGGUAGCUUGUAAAAUGAUGGGAUCGCGGUUUACCUCGUGCCAAUGAUUUUACACGUUAUGAACAAAACAAAAUAAGCCAGAACUUUCAAAUUCUUGAAUCUGUAAACAUCCGAAGAACAGAAUUGAAUAUGUAAAUGAUGUAAUUUUGGUUCGAUGCAGUUUUCAUGUUCUUUUUGUAAUUUUUAUAUUAAAAGUAUAUACAAAAUACAUGGACGGUAGAUUUUGAUGAA